UCAGAAGCAUUGGAUAUUCAUACUUCAACAGCACCGUCACAAUGGCUGCUACUCUUGUUCUGCUUUUGCUCACAAUUGGUCUGACCUACACGAGCGCGGAGGUCCGCUUGGUCCAACCAGCUUCCGAGUCCACAACACCUGGAGAAACUGUUCGCCUGACCUGUACAGUCCACGGAAUCAGCCUUUCAAAGAAGUAUGUUUUUUGGUAUCACCAGAAACGGGACAGCGCCCCAAGGUUUAUUCUGAAAGGGACUGAUAAAAGAGGUGAGGGUAUCUCGGACAGAUUUACCGGCUUAGAAGAUGAAUCAACCAACGUGGGAUAUUUGACCAUCACUAACGUGCAGUCGGAGGACGCUGGCGAUUAUUACUGUUUAUCACAAGACACAAGCAACUUGUGGUACUUCGGGAGCGGAACCAGGCUAAAUAUUCCGAGUCGUCAGCCAAAGAAGCCCACAGUGUUGCUCCUCCCCCCGUCAGAACAGCAGAUUGCAAAAGCCAACGAGGCGACGCUGGUGUGCAUGAUCAGUCAUUUCUACCCGGAGUCGGUGACGUUGGUGUGGAGUGUGGACGGCAAAGUCAGGCAGACCGGCGUCCAGACGAGCUCAACCCUACAGGACUCUGACCAGACGUACAGUGUAAGCAGUUACCUCACCCUGUCAGCUUCUGAAUGGACCUCACACGAGCUUUACUCCUGCGGAGUGCAACACCAGACCCUCAGCUCCACACUUGAGCAAAGCAUCAGGAAAUCAAGCUGCAUGUGAUGAAGAUGUUAAAAUGCUUUAUUGUUAAAAACAUAUUUUCUGUAUUAUUGUUAAAAAAAUAACUUUCCACUGUUCCUUGAUAUGAAUUUCAUGCAAUUUUUACAAUGUUGAUAACUUUUCGAAAAGGGUGCUUGACCCUCAUACCCUUAAGCAAAAUAACGUCAUUGUAUUUCCGUGUACUGUAUUAAUGUCUUAUUUUUGGCCCUGAUUAAAUAAUAAAAUACUGUGUGUACGCAAAAUGUUGUAUAGCUCGCAACACGAAGGAUUUCAAAGGGAGAGUGUCAGAAAGGGACGGCAGACAGGCAGAUACCGACUGACUUCUGUGUGUACCUCCAACAGUUGCUGCUUUCUUGUUAGCUUAUGGAUUUGCAAGAGUUUGUUGGAUUUGUGAUAUUAUCCUGGGCAUCCUUCUCCACUCCCUGCAAGGGAACCCGUCCGCUGGACAGUUGUGAAAAAUACA